AUUUUUCGCACUAUUUCGAUCACUUUAUCUUUGCCCUGGUCUGAAAAACCCCGUUCUCGCAGAGCUCGAAAAAGAGGAGGGCCAUUUCUUCUUCAUUGACGGAAACCCUAACUACAGUAUAAUCGAACAAAAUUACAGAGGUUGAACUUCGAUCCAUUAGAAGACCUUCAACAACCAAGUAAGAUUGUUCUUUGAUCUUUUGAUGGGAGAUUGCUUCAUGAAGAAAAAACAUGUGCACACAACCCUCAAUGGAUGAGGUUUUGAGGGUCCGGAGCACAGCAUUUGCAGUCCCAUUGAUAUGUACAAAGAAGUACUAAGCCACAUAAAUUAGGUACUACUGUGGUCUGACUGCCUGGAUAUUUGCUCUUUGCUAGACUUAUAAGAACAAAAAGGUUUUGAGCUUCACAUUAUCUACCUUCUAAGGUAGGUUUUUACCUGAGACAAAUAUUGACUGCUGGAAGUUUGUAAUCUGGAUUAUCUAUGCCCGGAAAUGAAGCCAGAGACAAGGUACAUAAUUUCUUUGAGCAAGACAAUUUGUCACAGGGGCAGCAGCAAUUCCAGGUUGGAGGUGGGAAUUGGACGGUUCUGAAUAACAACCUCUGGGCUGGACAUCAAAGGCAGAUAGGGUCACCUCCAAGUUCCAAUUCAAAGAACUACAACAUACAACAGUCAGAUCCUGAGAGUGGAAACAACAGUCAGUCUUUGCAUGUGCCACUUGGCACAAAUCUUACACAAUUAACUCUCAGGCAUGAUUUUGCCAAAGCCCAAUCUAGAAGCCAGCAGCUGAGUCUGAAUGGCGUUAUGCAUGGAAAUCAGGGUUUCCAUACAAGGCAGAAUCAGGAACAGUUUCAAGGAGAGGAUACUGUCUCAGGUUGGCAUGGUUUAGCAUCAAGAGGUGUCUCUCUCCUUGAAUCACAAGAAAGUAAUGCUCCUGCACAAAGUUCUGCUAUAACCAGAAUUUCAGAAAGGGCAGGAACUGCUAAAGCUCCUAUUAAUUUUGACUUGCUUGGUGGUCAACUGCAGCUCAUGAGGGGACAACAACCAGGCAUGCCGCAACCUCAACCGAGGCAGCAGCCUGGUUUUAAUGACAUGCAGUUAUGGCAACAGCAGAUCAUGUUGAAGCAACUACAAGAACUUCAAAGGCAGCAGCAACUUAAUGAAGCAAGACAACAAAAUUCGAUGAAUCAUCUCUCUGCAAAACAGACUUCUGCUGAUCAGCUACCAACUAUGGUCAAUGGAACUCAAAUUCAUGAUCCAUCCAACUAUUUGUGGACGAAUGAACUUACUGGGGGUGAAACCAAAGUAGCACCAAGUACUUCUCAAAUGUUUAUGGCUGGUACUAUGAACAUUGUGCAGCGCACAGGACCUCCUCUGCAAGGGUUUUCUAAUGGGCUCAUGUUCACAAAUGAGCAAGGUCAGGGGCUGCGUUCAAUGGGGUUCAUUCCUCAACAGCUUGACCAGUCUCUGUAUGGAACUCCCAUUGCUAGCUCAAGAGGAAAUUUUAGUCAGUAUUCUAAUCUCCAAGGGAUUUCUCAUGAUUCAGCUGAUAUUUUGACCAAGGCAGGUGGUAACCAAGUAGAGAAGACUGGAGUGCAGACAUCAACCUUUAGUAGCUCCUUUCAGGGCGAUUUAUUUACAGGCCAGGGUUCCAUGCAGGAUGGCAUUAGAGUUUCAAAACAGGGAUUCCAAGGGAAGAAUUUGUUUGGGAACUUUCCUAUUCAUGGGAGUAGUGAAGGUGUAUCAGGUAAUUUCCAACAGUUGCAUUCCCUGCCAAGGGUUGCACCAGUGCAGGAAUUCCAAGGGAGACAGGAGCAAGCUGGUUGUUCAGGAAACUUGCAGGAAAAAGCAACAACACAAGCUGGCCCUUCUCAGGGUUUUGUUGCUUUAGAUCCCACAGAAGAGAAGAUUUUGUUCAGUACAGAUGACAAUAUUUGUGAUGGUUCUUUUGGCAGGGUCACAGUAGGCUUUGGGAGUCCAAUGGAAGGUUCAAAUUGUGUCAAUGUUUUUCCUUCCAUUCAAAGCGGAAGCUGGAGUGCCCUUAUGCAGUCCGCUGUAGCAGAAACUUCUAGUGGUGACACAGGGAUGCAAGAUGAAUGGAGUGGCCUGAAUUUUCAAAAGACUGAACUGUCAGCUGGAAAUCAGCCAGGAGCAUUUAAUAACAGUGAGAAGCAGCAGAGUUGGGUUGAUAACAACUUGCAGGCUGCAUCUUCUUUAACUUCAAGACCUUUCCCGUUGUUUGAUGAUGCCAAUGUGAGUCCUAGUAGUCGUAAUAUUUCUGUUUUUCAGCAAUCAAGCAUCAAAUUUCCUUUUGAACAGACUGAAAGGAUGCGACUUGAUUCUUCUCGUGAAUCAAUUCAGCAGUCUCCUAAAGAAGGUAGCAAGUGGUUAGAUCGAAGUCCUCAUCAAAGAUCACUUGCUGAAGGUAGUCAGCAAAUUCAACCGCUUAUGCAUUUGGAAAAUUCUUCAGGUGGUGCUUGGGCUGGUCAUCUUUACAGUCAGUCUGAGAGUGCUGCACAUUCUGCAGGUGCAGAAUUAAAUGGUCAGACCAUGCAGGAUUCUUGGAGCCAUCAACAGAGCAUAUCAUCAUAUAACAUUGGUGGCCAUCCAUUUAACAAGUCAAAUGGAUGGAAUAUAAACGAAUCCUUAUCAACCAGUAGGGAUACUACAUUAAAAAUUCGUGAGAACGAAAAUAUUGCACAAAAUUAUCAGGGCAAUGACAGUAAGAAAGCCAUGCAGUCUGAAAGAGAUACUAGUGGUGAUAUUUGGAAGGCUGAUGGAAAUCCUGUGGCAAUUUCCUUUCCUAAUUUGACUGGUGGACCAGAGCAGUCAAAAUCUGGAGCAUGUAUUCAACAGGUCAACCAAGGAGAUUCUCAUACAAACAAUUUUACUGCUAUACCAAAUUCAACCAUUGGAAAAAGCAAUCGGGAGGUUGAUCAACAUGUCCUAAAUAGUCAUCAGUUUGAUUAUGGGAAGCCCACCAUUAAUUCUUCUCCAAGAUAUAAAGGAAAUGAAACUGGUGGAAACUACCAGCAAUCACUUAACAAGAUUCCUUGUGUUUCAGAACCAUUGAUGAAUAACUCUGACAGGGUGUCAGGUGAAUCAUAUGAAAAGAAUCGAGAGAAUUGCCACCAGAAAGAGAUUUCUAAUAAUUCUAGCCAAUCCCAACAUCCUGUUGCAGGAGGUUCUGUCAGAGAGAAUGUGUGGUUAAGUUCAAGUGAUUCUCAUUCUUCAGCUGGAGUGAACCAAAAGUUAUCAGGUCCAGCUGGUCGAAAAGCACCUAGUCUUCGCAGGUUUCAGUAUCAUCCAAUGGGAAAUUUGGGGAUUAAUAUGGAACCUGCUGACAGCAUGAAAAAUGUCACACAUUCACAAGUCCUGUCCCAGCAAGUAACUCGAGGACUAAAAAGCCAUGAACAAGGAUAUUUUGGGCAGUCAAAGUUUGCUAGUCACAUUCCUAACAAUGCCAUUGAUACUGAAAAGGGGCAGUUACCUGAUUUUCAAGGAAACAUAAAAAGGCCAGAUGAUGUACCUUCUAGAGGAAUUCUUCCUGGCUAUGCGGCUAAUGCAUCUUCUUCCUUCGACAGAUCAACUGUUUUUUAUGCUCCAAACAGGAAUGCUCAGACAAGUCAAAAUAUGCUUGAGCUUCUCCAUAAGGUGGACCAAUCAAGGGAGCAUAAUGCCAUGAUGCCCUUAAACUCUUCUGACUGCAGUCCCUCAGCUGAGAUGCCUAAAGCAGAAGCUUCUGACAAAUCUAUUUCUCAUCUUCGGUCCAAUCAAUCUUCUACUUCUCAAGGAUUUGGCUUGCGGUUGGCCCCACCUUCUCAAAGGCUGCCUGUAGCAAACCAUGCUUUCUCCCCUCAGAAUUCCUCACAAACAGUUAAUGAUUUCAAUUCAAAGCAUGCUGAUUCAGAGAUGGGAGAGAAGGGUCAGGCACGGUUGGCUCCAACUACUGCGGUGCAGUCUUUGCCUCUUUCUCAUGAAAUAAAUCAGAGGGAAAACUGGGACAACCAAUCUAGUGUUUCAGGACAACCUAGCAAUGAAACCUCCCAUUUGAACAUGCAAGAAAAUUUCUCUAAAGCUUUUACAUCUUUGCCGUAUCCGAGAAAUCUUCAGAAUCAGCAGAUGUCUGGUGCAAGUGGGCAAGCAGUCAAAGAUCAGUCUGUUAAUGUCUCUUUUGAUAGACUUGCUUCCCAUUUUACACAGGCAGAUGCUUCUCAUGAUGGCAUGGUAUCUGAUCUAUCUGCUCGAUCAUCAGGUUCUGGUGCAGUUAGCAGGGUGUCACCUUUCAACCUUGCCCCUCCUGCAGAUACAUCCCAGCCUCUAAGAGUUUCAGGCCAACAGGUUCCAUUUCCAGAGGCUCUGCCUGUCUCUCAGCCUUCUAUUACAUCAAACAUGUCUCAGCAGGGGUCCUUUUCAACAAUGUUGCAUAAUGCAUGGAAUCAACGUUCAUCAGGUGGCCAAUCUCACAAGGUUUCUCCUAACGUGUUCCAGUCCAAUCCAUCAAAUAGUAAUCUGGAGACAUCUUCAUGGACUUCACAAAAGCCAGGUCAACAAGAUACUAAGAGAGGAGGAUAUAGCUCUUCUGAAUUUGGUACAUGUUCUAGUACUUCUCAACGCUUUUCUCAUGUGGAAGAUCAACCAAGGAAAGAAAGUCCCUGGAAGCAAAUAACCUCUGAUAAGGUUGGGCUGGCUCAACAGACAGCACCUGUGUCUCAAGGGCCAGAGUCCAAAGCUAAGCAACUCUCAGAUGCAAAGUCUCUUGCUUCUGGGUCAUUGUUCUCUCAUCCACAUCAGCAAGAAGUUGAUAGAGGAAGGAAUGGGAAAGAUCCAGUUUUGGUUUCCCAGGCAGACAAUGCGCCCCUUCAGAACCCUGCUGCUUUGAACAAAGAUAUUGAAGCCUUUGGUCGUUCUCUGAAAGCCUCUCAUAUGCUGCAUCAAAACUACUCCUUACUGCACCAAAUGCAAGCCAUGAAAGGUGUGGAGACAGACCCGAGUAUGAGGGUUGUGAAGAGAUUGAAAGGAGCAGAUUAUGGUGCGGAUGCUCAACAGGCAGCUUCUAAGUCAGGGCAGCAAUUAUUAUAUGGAUACAAUCCAGUGUUCAGGGAUCCUGUAGACAAUGAACUGAACUCAGCAGCUCGGCGUAACUCUUUUUCAGGAGAUACUAAAAUGCUUAGUUUUUCAUCAGAGGCAAGAGAUGAUCAGAAUAACAAUACAUCUUCCCAGUCUGCAUCUUCUCAUGAUAUUGUCACAUUUGGUAGAAAUGAUUCCCAAAGUCAUUCUAAUAAUCUCAAUAUAGCAUCUACUAAACGGGAACAUUCCCAGAUUAGCCCACAGAUGGCACCCUCCUGGUUUGAUCAAUAUGGAACCUUCAAAAAUGGUCAGAUGCUGCCAAUGUAUGAUGCAUGGAAAACUGCAAAGACUGCUGCACAGCAGUUCUUUUUUGGAAAGCCUUCUGAGAGUUUGCCUACACAUGCUUCAACAGAGCAAGUGAGUAUGGUUGAUUCCAGUCAGGUUGGUAGCAUUUGGCAAAGUACAACCACCACCUUGGUUGCAAGCAAGCACUUGUCUCCUCAAAUAGUGCUUCCAGAUGCCAGUGACCAAAGUUUGGCUGUUGUGAGACCAAAGAAGCGUAAGAGUGUAACAUUGGAGCUCCAAUCGUGGCAAAAAGAAGUUACCCAAGGUUCCCAUAGACUUCAAAAUACCAGCAUAUGUGAACUAGACUGGGCACAAGCUGCAAAUCGGCUGAUUGAAAAGGUGGAAGAUGAAGCUGAAAUGAUUGAAGAUGGACAACCAAUGGUUCGGCCAAGGAGAAGGCUUAUAUUGACAACACAGUUAUUGCAACAACUUCUUCGCCCUGCACCAGCAGCACUUCUCUCUGCAGAUGUAACUCUGAACUAUGAAAGUGUGACAUACUAUGUUGCUAGGUUGGCACUAGGGGAUGCUUGCAGCCUGAUCUCUUCCUCAGGCAGUGAUUCACGUUCACCCCCUGACAAGGCGAAUACGAUAUCUGAAAAGGUAAAGAAUUCUGAGCGAAUUGGUGAUCAGUAUUUUUCUAAAGCUGUGGAGGGCUUCAUCGGCAGAGCAAGGAAACUAGAGAAUGACUUAUUUAGAUUGGACAAGAGAGCAUCAAUCUUAGAUCUAAGAGUGGACUGCCAGGAUAUGGAGAGGUUUUCUGUCAUCAACCGUUUUGCCAAGUUCCAUGGCCGGAGCCAUGCCGAUGGGGCAGAGACCUCAUCAUCCUCUGAUGCAGCAUCAACUGCACAGAAAACUUUCCCCCAAAGAUAUGUUACUGCUCAUCCAAUGCCUAGAAAUCUUCCGGAGGGGGUACAAUGUCUUUCACUUUGAUCAUUAAUUAAUUGAUUCUUUCCCCUUUCAUCAUUGAUCACCAUUCCUGCAUGCACUUGUGGUCUCUUUCUUCUCAUUUGCACGAUGGCACCAAUUUACACGAAAGUGACAAGAAUGGAAGAGAGGAUGCAGGACAAGAAUGGGUUUUUUGAUCAGCUCCUCUUGAGUAACUGAGGCUCUCUGAUCUUUUUACCAAGAGGCCAUUUUUGGGAAGAAGAUAUAAUUAUAGGUCUUUGUAUAUUCUUAUGAAAAAUUUGAAGCUUGGGGUUGGCCAUCAUUUUCCAAAAGAGUAAAGUUUGAACGGCUGCUCCAUCUGUUUCUCCAAACAAAUCAUGGUAAUUGGCUCCAUUUUCAGAUCAGAUCAUGUUGUCUUCUGGAAACGGGGUGGCUUAAUUUUCAGGUCAAAUUGCCCCUCCUUCCAGAGGGAAGAAGGGGGGGGGGGUCCUUAUAUCCAUAGGGUCGGGGCUUUUAACUAGAACUGACCACCGCCUGAUCGUCCCACGGAGAAUGGAUAUGGUAAUUUUGAUCAAUCAACAAAAAGUAGCCUUGUGCAGGUAAAAUUAAAAGCUCGGUAUUUUUUCACUUUCUUUUAACUCCCUUUUCCUUCUCCAUGGGAAUCCAUCCCACUAGAAAAGGACUGUGGUAGAAUACCAUAAAUGGGUGGAUCACGUGUAAUUCACUUCAUAUUUAUUUGGCUGCAAGUGGUCAGAAAUGUAUAGAGAUUUCUGUCAUUCGUGAUCCUUUGCUUGUGUCUGUGGGAAAGUACCAGAAGUCCUUUUUUAAUCUUUCUGUCAGCUUCACUUUCGUGGGACAAGUAAUGACAAGCGGCUUUUAUUGUACCAGGAUUGACUCCCGAUAUUUAGAAUGGGGGAGUGAUUCUUUUCUUUUUUUUCCUCAUUCUUUUCUGUACUCUGAUUCAGGUGGAUCUCAAUGUCAGUGUCAGAGCCUCUCAUGUCA